CCCUCUCGUGCCGUGGUGACGGAGCUCCCAGUGCAGCCAAUCUCUGAGCCCUUUCCCCGGCUGUGGGUCGACCCUGCGGGUUGUGCUGGGGGUAGUGGGGGUGUGACCUGGCUGACAGGCGGAGGUGGUAAUCCUGGCUCUCUAUCUAUCGGCUGUGUGUGUGCUGGGAGCAUCCUGCAUCCUCUGGGGGUACCCGGGAGAGCCAGCCAGGGACCUGAUACCCAGUGUGUGCCCACUGACCUGUGCCCAGCUCCUGCCCAGCUCCUGCCCAGCUCCUGCCAGCCCUCCCUCCUUUCUCUCCCGAGUUCACUCACACUAUUUCCCGUGAGCCUGGGGAACUUGCAGCCCAAAGUCAGCCAGCCCAGCAGCAUGUACCCCAGCAACAAGAAGAAAAAGCUGUGGAGAGAGGAGAAAGAGCGCUUGUCAAAGUUGACUCUGGAAGAGAGGCGUAAGGAAUACAAGGAUUUUGUAUCACUGGACAAAAUUCCAACAUUGUCGGAAGAUUUGAAGAGUAAAGCCUCAAAUAAUGAUGACGCCCCUGAAGAAUUGCAGGUUAACAGCUUGUGUGACAAAGUAUCACUGUAUCAAGGCGAUAUCACUCAGCUGGAAGUUGAUGCCAUAGUGAAUGCAGCAAACUCCAGUCUACUCGGAGGUGGUGGUGUGGACGGCUGUAUACACAGAGCUUCGGGGCCAUGUCUAUUUGCUGAAUGCCGCAGUUUAGGUGGCUGUUCAACUGGGCAAGCAAAAAUUACAUGUGGCUACGAGCUGCCAGCAAAAUAUGUCAUACAUACCGUGGGUCCUAUUGCAAGAGGCCAUUUAAAUGAAAAUCACAAAAUGGAUCUAGCAAACUGCUAUCAGUCUUCACUCAAACUGGCAAAAGAAUUUGACCUCAGAUCAAUAGCUUUUCCCUGCAUAUCAACUGGAAUUUAUGGUUUCCCAAAUGAGCCAGCAGCUACUAUAGCCCUGAACAAUGUUAAAGAAUGGUUGAAGAAAAACCACAAUGAGAUAGACCGCGUUAUCUUCUGUGUCUUUUUGGAUGUUGAUUUCAAAAUCUACAAGAAGGAACUGACCAAUGUUUUCCUAAAAGAUGAUGACAAUAAAGAUGAAGAUGAUAUAGAAGAUGAUGACGGCCAAAAAGAAGAUGAGCAGAUGAAUGAAGUAACGGGAAAAAUGGAACAAAAACCCAAAUCCCCUCCAAUGAAGAAAUACAAAGCAAAGAAAUCAGAGAACUCACAAGAUGAUCAAGAAGAGAAAGAUACAGUGAGUUCUGAAGACAUGAAAGACCUUAAUCAGACAACCGAAGACCAGAUUCCAAGUCCUAAAACACCAGAAGGCAAAACUGAUUUGCCCGAGGAGAACUUCCCAGACGAGCCAAAAGAAAUAAAUGACACAGAAAAUGAAGAAAGAAUUACUGAAAGAAAAGGUUCCCAAGUAGGACAAGAAGAUUUAAAAGAGAAUGAAGAUACAGAUGAAACUGAUGUCACAAUGGAGUCACAAGGGCAAGAUGAUAUAAACAGAGAGUCAACUUUAAACUCCCCGGUAGAUGAAGUGAAAGACCCAGUCAAUAUCAACCAAAUGACAGAUGAAGAAAUCGAUUUAUGUCAAGAAACAUCUCCUGAGGUUGCAAGUUGUGAUGUUGAAAUGUGUAGUCAAAACAUAACUGAGUCAAGUGGAGGUAAUGAAAAAAACGCAAUCACAGAAGAUUAAAUGAAUUGCUGAACACGAACAACUGCUGUGUGGCAUCUUUUCACUUAGGGCUGCCGCAGGUCGGAGUGUAUUCUUCACAGGGAAUAAAUGGGCAUAAGGAAAUAGAAUAAUU